GGCAAACCCGUUGCCGUUCUGAAUCCACGUCCCCUUUCAACUGAACCGAACAACCCAAGAGAAAGUGAUCUUCGAGAGAGCCUCAGUUUUUUUUUUGGCUUUUCUUUUGCUCCGUUUGUUUCCCUUCGCUCUUCAUUUUAUCAAUACACUCGUUAUUGUAUGGUAAUAUACACUCACUCACUUACGCGUAAUUCCUGCUCGAUCGUAGAGAUAAUUCACACAAUCCCAUUCCAGCAUUGUGGCCCACCAACUUACCAACUAAGCACACGAGAGAGUACGGGGAUAGUUUACCUUCGCUUUUCUGCAAAAGUUUGCCAAUCAUCCCCGACUCCAAUCCGCCUCCACCGAGCAGAAAGGCAGCAUUGAGCACACAUAUUCUGAGUGUUCAACCUGCUGGUAGGCGCCAGCCUCUGGCCUUUUGAUCCAACAUGGCUCACAACCUCCCUUCGAUGGGCAGCGGCGGAGGUGCUCAUACGCAGCCCUCGCUGCCGUCCCUGCCUCAACAUCUGCAAUCCGAUACUCAUUUGACAGCACAUCUCGCUAGUCGUUUCCAUGUUAACAUCCCAACUGCUCGUCUAUCCUCUCAUGCCCUCAUCUCUCUCAACACUUACACCUCGUCCACCAAAGGUGCAGAUGGGGGCAAAGAAGGAAGCGCCAUGGCCGGCGCCGAAGAUAUGGCCGAGAGGGCAUAUCUGAGGUUAGGACAUCGCACAGAAAACCAGGCAAUAAUAUUUCUAGGUGAAUCCGGCUCUGGAAAAACCACUAUACGAUCCCACCUCUUAACCUCCCUCCUGAAUAAAUCCUCGACUCCACUAUCCACUAAAGUCUCCCUCGCUGCCUAUGUUUUCGAUACUCUCACGACCACGAAGACUGCGACGACGCCGACUGCCUCCAGAGCCGGCCUCUUCUAUGAACUACAAUACGACACCGCCUCCACCACGAAUCCCAUACUCAUCGGUGGUAAGCUUCUGGAUCAUCGACUGGAGAGAAGUAGGAUUACCGAUGUGCCAACUGGAGAACGCAACUUCCAUGUCCUCUACUACCUUCUCGCGGGCACCAGCGAAGCCGAGAAGACCCAUCUUGGCAUUGACACCCCUCGAGAUGCGGCCGGCCACCGGCGAUGGAAGUACCUUGGCCAUCCCACCCAACUCAAGGUCGGCAUCAACGACGCAGAAGGGUUCCAGCUCUUCAAGACGGCCCUACGCAAGCUUGAGUUUCCGAGGGGCGAGAUUGCGGAAGUCUGUCAAAUCCUGGCCUGUAUCUUGCACAUUGGGCAACUUGAGUUCGAGACCACAGCAAACACAACCGCGACGGGAGACGACAGCGGUGGGUUCUCUCACGAGGGCGGCCAGAAUGUCACGGCUGCACGAAAUAAGGACGUUUUAGGGAUCAUCGCCGCCUUCCUGGGUGUCAGCUCCCAAGACCUCCAGACCACUAUGGGAUACAAGACGAAGAUGAUCCAUCGUGAACGCGUGACCGUGAUGCUGGAUCCCAAAGGUGCCCGUGAGAAUGCCGACGAGCUAGCCAGGACAUUGUACUCUCUCAUGGUUGCCUACGUCAUCGAGAACAUCAACCAGAAGAUAUGUGCUGCGGAGGAGGCGAUCGCCAACACCAUCAACAUCAUUGAUUUCCCCGGCUUCUCUCAGCAAUCCUCAACAGGAUCUGCUCUGGAUCAGCUUCUCAACAACGCUGCGGUUGAGUCCCUGUACAACCUUACCCUCCAAAACUUCUUCGAUAGAAAAGCAGACAUGCUCGACACCGAAGAAGUCACAGUGCCUGCCACGAGCUACUUCGACAACUCGGAUGCCGUCAAGGGGCUCCUGAAGCCUGGAAACGGUCUGCUCAGCAUAUUAGACGACCAGACCCGACGGCAUCGCACCGACAUGCAGCUUCUGGAGAGUUUAAGGAAGCGGUUCGAGGGCAAGAACCCAGCGAUCAACGUCGGCUCUGCCACGGCCAGACUACCGGGAAGUAACUUCAUGUCGGAGAACACGGCCGCCACCUUCACCGUGAAGCACUUUGCCGGCGAGGUAGACUACCCCAUCAAGGGCUUGGUGGAAGAGAACGGCGAGGUUAUUUCCAGCGACGUGAUGAACCUGAUCAAGUCAAGCAAGAGCGAAUUCGUCACCCGCCUCUUCGGCCAAGAAGCUCUGCAGACGGUCAUGCAUCCCCAAGAACGCACAACCGUCAUGCAAGCCUCCGUCAGCUCCAAGCCCAUGCGAGCGCCCAGCGUCAUGUCGAGAAAGACAACGCGGACCAUGAGAUCCCGACAGCCGCAGCGACAACCAUCCGUAGACGACUUCGCCAGCGAAGCCGGUGACCACCGAGGCGAGAGCAAGUCCCGCGGCGACGGCGGGAAGUCAAAUCCACACGUCUCGGAACAAGGCGCAUCCGGCCAGUUCCUCGCGUCCCUGGAGAACGUGAAGCAGGCCAUCACGGCGCCCAACACAAACGCGUACUUCGUGUUCUGCCUCAAGCCCAACGACAGGCGGAUCGCGAACCAGUUCGACAGCAAGUGCGUGCGCACCCAAGUCCAAACCUUCGGCAUCGCCGAGAUCAGCCAGCGUCUGCGGUCGGCCGACUUCAGCUUGUUCCUGCCCUUUGGCGAGUUCCUGGGGCUCACCGACGCCGAGACCAUCCUGGUCGGCAGCGAGCGGGAGAAGGUCCAGGCCGUCGUGCAGAACAAGCAGUGGCCGAACAACGAGGUCCAGGUCGGCUCCACCGGCGUCUUCCUGAGCGAGCGCUGCUGGAUGGAGAUCUCGCAGCUGGGCGACGGCUCGUCGGCUACCAACCGGUACCUUGCGUCCGACCCCGGCGACGGGUCCACACCCGGCGACCUCCCCUUCGGUGCUUCUAAGGAGCGGCUGAUGUCCGUCGGCAACACGCCACAGUACACUGAUAAGACCCGGACGGGAUACUUCGGGGCCGGAGACAUGGAUGCUCGGUCUGACGCCGGUGCCUCCGCCUUCGGGGCCGGUGAUAUGUUCAAGAACCUCGACACCAGAGAGCAGAUGGCUGAGCGUGGCAACGAAAAGUCGCUGGUAGAAGUCGAGGAGUACAAAGACAGUCCCAGUCGACGGCGCUGGAUCUUCAUGGUCUACGUCAUGACGUGGUUCAUCCCCGACUUUCUCAUCCGCUGGAUGGGACGGAUGCCCCGCAAGGACGUGCGCAUGGCCUGGCGAGAGAAGGUGGCUAUCAACAUGCUUAUUUGGCUUUGUUGCGGCAUUGCUGCUUUCUUCAUCGUCGGCUUCCCCAUGCUCAUCUGUCCUACUCAACACGUCUACAGCUCCGAGGAACUGUCCAGCCACAAUGGCAAGGAUGGAGCUGAUGCGUAUGCAGCUAUCCGCGGCCAGGUCUUCGACAUCGGCACUUAUGCACCCAGUCAUUAUCCUAAAUAUCUACCCACCAAGCAGAUCACGCAAUACGGUGGGCUAGAUAUCACUGCCCUCUUCCCCGUUCAAGUCUCAGCUCUCUGCCGAGGCAAGGAUGGAUCUGUCAACCCUGCCGUCACCCUCGACUACAAGUCCACCAACGUCACCGGCUCCGCCAACGUCGUGAACAGCCAGGACCUCAAUGCCCACUACCACGAUUUCCGCUCCUUUACAUCUUUGCCCCAACCUUUCUGGUUCUACGAAAAGAUGCAGGAAAUGAAGACCUGGAAGAAGGGCACCAUCGGGUACUCGGCCGAGUACGUCGCCACCCUCGGAACCAAGCAAAACUCGAUUGCCAUCCUCAACGGCCGCGUGUACGACCUCACCAAGUACCUCAUGGGUGGUCGGCAUGUCGUGGUCCGAGAAGGCGAAGACCUCCCCACCGACCCUACCGUCAUCGACUUCAUGGACGACCAGGUCGUCGACCUCUUCCAGAAGAUGGCCGGCAGCGACAUCACCAAGCAAUGGACCGGACUCGACAUCGACUCGGGCAUGCGUGAGCGCAUGCAACUGUGUCUCGACAACCUCUUCUACGUCGGCGACGUCGACACGCGGAACUCCAUCAAGUGCCAGUUCGCGCAGUACCUGAUCCUCGCCAUCUCCAUCCUGCUCUGCACCAUCAUCGGCUUCAAGUUCCUGGCCGCGCUCCAGUUCGGCGGCAAGAACAUGCCCGAGAACAUCGACAAGUUCAUCAUGUGCCAGAUCCCGGCCUACACCGAAGACGAGGACUCCCUGCGCCGCGCCAUCGACUCCGCCGCCCGCAUGCGCUACGACGACAAGCGCAAACUCCUCGUCAUCGUCUGCGACGGCAUGAUUAUCGGCCAGGGCAACGACCGACCCACCCCCCGCAUCGUUCUCGACAUUCUUGGCGUCUCCGAGACCGUGGACCCGGAGCCGCUCAGCUUCGAGUCGCUCGGCGAGGGUCUCAAGCAGCACAACAUGGGCAAGGUCUACUCCGGCCUGUACGAGGUGCAGGGCCACAUCGUGCCGUUCCUGAUCAUCGUGAAGGUGGGCAAGCCGUCCGAGGUGUCCCGCCCGGGUAACCGUGGCAAGCGAGACUCGCAGAUGGUCAUGAUGCGCUUCCUCAACCGCGUGCACUACAACCUCGCGAUGAGCCCGCUGGAGCUCGAGAUGUACCACCAGAUCCGCAACAUCAUCGGCGUCAACCCCACGUUCUACGAGUACAUGCUGCAGAUCGACGCCGACACCGUGGUCGCGCCCGACUCUGCCACCCGCAUGGUUUCUUCCUUCUUAGACGACACGCGCCUGAUCGCCGUGUGCGGUGAGACCGCCUUGACGAACGCCAAGGGCUCCUUCAUCACCAUGAUCCAGGUCUACGAGUACUACAUCUCGCACAACUUGGUCAAGGCCUUCGAGAGUCUGUUCGGCAGCGUGACCUGCUUGCCCGGUUGUUUCUCCAUGUACCGCAUCCGCGCCGCCGAGUCCGGCAAGCCGCUCUUCGUCAGCCGCGAGGUCGUCGACAGCUACUCCACCAUCCGCGUCGAUACCCUGCACAUGAAGAACCUGCUGCAUCUGGGUGAGGAUCGCUACCUGACGACUCUGCUCCUGAAAUAUCACUCUGCCUACAAGACCAAGUACAUCUUCAGUGCGCACGCGUGGACCAUCGCGCCCGACUCCUGGCAGGUGUUCCUCUCGCAGCGUCGUCGCUGGAUCAACUCUACCGUGCACAACUUGGUCGAGCUCAUCCCUCUCGCCCAGCUCUGCGGUUUCUGCUGCUUCAGUAUGCGAUUCGUCGUGUUCGUCGAUCUGCUGUCCACCAUUGUCCAGCCUGUGGUGAUCGCGUACAUCAUCUACCUCAUCGUCCUCGUGUCCACCACCAGCUCCUUCGUGCCCAUCACGGCCUUCGUCAUGCUGGGCGCCAUCUACGGUCUGCAGGCCAUCAUCUUCAUCCUGCGCCGCAAGUGGGAGAUGAUCGGAUGGAUGCUGAUGUACAUCGUGGCCGUGCCCGUCUUCUCUUUCGGCCUGCCGCUCUACGCCUUCUGGCACAUGGACGACUUCAACUGGGGUAACACCCGUGUGGUUGCCGGAGAGAAGGGCAAGAAGGUCAUCGUCACGGACGAAGGCAAAUUCGACCCCGCCUCGAUCCCCCGCAAGAAGUGGGAGGAGUACCAGGCCGAGCUAUGGGACGCGCAGACCAGCCGCGGCGGAGACGACACUCACUCCGAGGUCAGCGGCUUCAGUUACGCCACCAAGCCGGGCAUGAACCACGGCAUGGACUACUACACGCCGUCGCGGGCCGGCUCCACCACCGGCAUGCUUCCGCCGUACGACGCGAAGAACCCCGGACAGUUCAGCCGCAUGUCCUUUGCCCCGACCGAGAACCGGCUGAGCCAGUUUGGCGGCUCGCAGUUCUUCGGCAACAACCAAGCGCAUGAUGUAGAAAUGGCCAACCUCGCAGGUAUGCCCAGCGAUGAUGCCCUGCUAGCCGAGAUCCGCGAGAUCUUGCGGACGGCGGAUCUCAUGACCGUCACCAAGAAGGGUAUCAAGCAGGAGUUGGAGAGACGAUUCGGUGUUCCCCUGGAUGCCAAGCGGUUAUACAUCAAUAGUGCAACCGAAGCCUUGUUAUCGGGCCAGUUAUAAACACCCUAAUGGACAUAUGGAUGUAACACCGGUACAGUUUCCUAUUUAAAAAAAACAAAAAUCGUCUCUGCAUAUACUUGGAAGGCCAUGUUCUGGUUUAUCUACCUACCUAUAUAAUAAAUACUACAUCUAAACACUUAGACGACGACCAGCAAAGUCAUCGUCAUCAGAGGCCUCAGCUAGGUUAGGGCUCAAGGAAAUUAUUUAAGGGGGAGGGGGGAGGGGAAGUAGGAAUUCAAAAUAAAGCAGCAGCAGGAUAUAUGACCAGAAUUUUUUUAAAGCGAUGACAAGAAACGCGCUUUUUUCUGUGACGCAAUGCGAAAAACACAAUUAGUAAUGGGAAAUUUUAUUCAAACGGGUUGGAUUAUACGCUGUGUACCUAUCUAUCUAACCUUGGUCCGAUAUGUGUGAAAGCGAAAAAGAAUUUAGGUGUCUGGGGACUUGCUGAAUAUUAUUAUCAUUUUUGGGUUUUUUGGCAAAGGGGAGUUGUGUAGUUUUGCAUCACUGUGUGUCGUGUCAUGUCGAUUUGCUUGCUUUCCCUUUUGCUCUGCCUGUAGGUGCCUAGUAGGUACUUAACCCAGUAAACAGUCA